AUGGGGAAUUCUUGUCAGAAGCUUCUCUUCUCUGGAACUACUGUGGUGGACAACUUGUUGAACAGUGAUGACAUCAACUACAUCUACAUGCUUGAUGCCUUGAACACGCUGGGACUUAACGUGGAACGUGACAGUGUAAACAACCGUGCUGUUGUUGAAGGAUGUGGCGGGAUAUUCCCUGCUUCCUUAGAUUCUAAGAGUGAUAUAGAGUUGUACCUUGGCAAUGCAGGAACAGCCAUGCGUCCUCUUACCGCUGCAGGCGGCAACGCUAGUAAUCAGUACUUGACUGCACUCCUCAUGGCAGCUCCUUUAGCUCUCGGAGACGUGGAGAUUGAGAUGGUUGAAGUUGAUGGAGCGUUUUGGUGGUCUCCUGGUAAUGCUUACGUAGAAGGUGAUGCCUCUAUCGGUGAAACUGUCACUGUUGAAGGUUGUGGAACAACCAGUCUUCAGGGAGAUGUGAAAUUCGCAGAGGUUCUUGAGAAAAUGGGGUGUAAAGUGUCAUGGACAGAGAACAGUGUGACUGUGACUGGACCAUCUAGAGAUGCUUUUGGAAUGAGACACUUGGGCGCUGUUGAUGUCAACAUGGACAAGAUGCCUGAUGUGGCCAUGACUCUUGCCGUUGUUGCUCUCUUUGCCGAUGGUCCAACCACCAUUAGAGACGUGGCUAGCUGGAGAGUUAAGGAGACGGAAAGGAUGAUUGCCAUUUGCACAGAGCUUCGUAAGCUCGGAGCUACGGUGGAAGAGGGUUCAGAUUAUUGUGUGAUAACUCCACCAGCAAAGGUGAAACCGGCGGAGAUUGAUACAUAUGAUGAUCAUAGAAUGGCAAUGACAUUCUCUCUUGCAGCUUGUGCUGAUGUUCCAGUGACCAUCAAGGAUCUUUCCCUGACUACUUCCAAGUUCUUGAAAGUAUCACAAAGCACUAAAAUAACCUUUAAAACCAUUUAUCUUUUCUUUUUGAUCCCAACUCUGAGAUAUGUUUCUUUCUCCCUGUUUGCCACUGUAACAAUAUUAGAACACAGACACAGUACUCUAAGAUGGAAUAGUUGAAUCGGUUUUGGGCCUUUAUACAUUAGGGCUGUUUGUGAACUGUGAUAUCUAGAGAGAAAAACCUCAAUCUCAAAACCAAACUGAAAUGCUCUUAACUCUAACUAGACCAAUUAUUUAAAGAACAUGGCAUGAUCAUGGUAUAAGAUACAUUUCACUGUUUUAACAUUAGUACCCAAAAAAAAAAACAUUUCACUACCAUUGUAAAAAGGACCAUCACAGUUUUACACAUGACUUUGAUAACUUUCAAGUCUAUAGCAAGGCAGAAAUUAUAACAACAAUAUUUGUGGAGGCAACUGCAGGUGGUGACUAUUGCCUGAGAAGAAUUUGAUGAACAUCUACUGGUAUGUUCUCUGCCAUAAUGACAAAAAAACAAAUACAUAAUUUUAGAUUUUAAGUUUAAAUAACGAUAAA